CAACGUUCGUCUAACAUGCGCUCGACUAUAGUGCUAUCAGCAAUCGUGUUGUUUUCCAAGCGAUUCCAUUUGUAAAAAUCGGUUUAGAUACGAUUGUGCACAAAACCAUGAACAGGCUUUGUAGCGCAGCCUUGCUUCGCUGCAGAUAUGCGUAGAAGGGCUAAAUUUCCCCAGAGGUGUACAGAAACAUGGACUCUAAAACCAGAAAGAGCCCGUGGGUGGCACCACACGGCUCUUGGCCUUGAAAUCUCGACUGUGGGGACGGGGGUUCCCGCGAAAUUCCCAGGAUUGUUACAUAACGAUUCGCAACCCUCUGUGAGUAUUGGAUUUCAUUGCAAAGCUCGGGAUUUUUCGGCUUCAGGAGAAUCUUGAUGAAGUAGUCAUAACAUGCCUCCCAAAAGGUCAACCCUCAGUGCCAGUGAAGUUAUGCUGCAGGUGCAAGGCCAGGCCAAACCACGUUCCAGGCAGCUUAAGAAAUUUCAACAUGCUCCUCACACCCCAGAAUUGACAUGCCCCAGAUCAGGUGAUGCUCAUUCAUUGUCUGGUCAGCUAAGUCCUGCAAAGAAAUUGGCAAGACUUAUGCGGGAACGUCCAGGGAGGCAGCCCCAUCCCUUGUCUGUCAAGAGGAAGCCAAGUGAGGAAAAUGGAGGAGUAAACACACAAUUAAAAAGUAAACCACCAAGGCUAGGGAAGGGGGCAAACAAAGGCUCCAUCAACCAAGGAUGUACCAAACAAAAGCAGGCACAUGGUCAAGACACUUCCCAUAUUAGCCAGAACAGUCAUGCUGGUUCAGGAGAACAAUCUUGUAAGAAGCAAUCUAGAAAGAAACACAGCCAUGAGAAACAGCCUGAAAAAGACCACCACAACAUCAGUGGCCUAUCUGAUAAAAGAAAACGUGAGCGCCUGCAGGAAAAAGCAUCUCAUGCAGGACAAACAAAAAAGCAGGUGCGCAAGGCACGCCAUAAGCCAUCUGAGCUGGUGCCAAAAUGCGAUCCCAGCCCAGCUGGAGGGGAUAUUGCCGCAUUGCUUCGACUGGGCGAGGGGCCCAGUGCGGAGGAGGCUGUCGUGUCGGACGACUCGGACUGGGAGGCCGUGGGGAACGCGGCCCACUCCUCCGACCUGGCCACCAAAGGCUUUGUGGAGGUCACCCUGCCUUCUGAGAUGGCCUUGCUGAAAAAGAAGAAGAAGAAAGUGUUUGACGUAGAGGCGCACCUGAAGCGCCAGAUCAGUCGUGUUCGACGUGAGGUUCAGGUGCUCAUUCACAAGACGCACCUGCUCUGCCUGCUGUCACGGAGUUUGCAGAUCAACUCGCUGCUCAACUCAGAGACCAUGCUGGCCUGUGCCAUGUCCAUGCUACCUUCGAAAUAUGCGUACCCCCCGAAGCGCGUGUCCCUGACCUACGUGGAAAAGUUCCUCAAGUGGUUUCGCGAGAAGGUUCCCUUGGAGUCGGCCGCCGACGGUCAGAAGCCCUCGGAAGAUGUGUUCCGCACACUGGAAAGUCGGCUGCGGCUGAAGAAGGCGUCCACCUCGCUGGAGCUGGUGUGCCUGUUCGUGCUGAUACUGCGGGCCAUCGGAGUCGAUUGCCGUCUGGUUAUGUCGCUGCAGCCGUCUCCUCUGAAGCCGGCCCCCGUUUCCGCCGUGUCCGCGACUGCCACGCCGCCCAAGUCUGCACCCAAGGUGAAAAAGGAGCCGAGCGGCAAAACGCCGAAGCGGGACGGCGCUAAGGCGAGCACAGGCACCAGGAAGGCCACCUCAGCAAGCCAGCCGAAGCCGAAGAAAGGCGCGGCGUCGGCGUCAGUUCCAGCAGCGGCCACCAGAGCGGGCUUCGAGCGCAAGGGCAAGCGCCGACCUCGGCUGCCGUCCGAUUCGUCCGAUGACUACGAGCCGGCCGGGCCGUCCUUCCGAGGCGAACGAGACCGGCGUGUGCUGAGCAGCUCCAGCGAGCCGGAGCCGGGCGGCGGCCGGCCGGCGCGCGCCGCCGUCGACCACUGGGCCGAGGUGUACGUCGAGGAGGAGCUGCGCUGGCUCUGCGUUGACGUCACCGGCGGCGGCGGCGUGCACUGCGUCUCUCAGAUCAGGAAACGGGCCAGCUGCCCGAUGACAUACGUCCUCGGCCUGGACAAUGGCGGCCACGCGAAGGACCUCACCGCCCGCUACGACCCCAAGUGGCAUUCCACGACACGGAAACUGCGCGUCGAACCCGACUGGUGGGAGCAGGCCAUCCGCGCGUGGAAGGGAGGACACUCACGGAGGGACAGGGAGGAGGACGAAGAGCUGGAGAAGGAUCUUCAGGAGAGGCCCAUGCCCCAGUCCAUUGCCGAGUUCAAGGACCACCCGCUAUACGCGCUGGAGCGACACCUGCUGAAGUUCCAGGCUAUCUACCCGCCGUCGGCCGUGCCGCUCGGCUACCUGGGCAAGGGCGAGCGGCGCACGCCCAUCUACGCGCGCGAGUGCGUGCACACGCUGCACUCGCGCGAGACGUGGAUCAAGCAGGCGCGCUCCGUGCGGCCCAAUGAGGAGCCCUAUAAAAUCGUCAAGGCGCGUCCCAAAUGGGACCGGGUGUUGCAGAGGGCCAUCACGGACCAGCCGCUGCCGGUGUUCGGGCGCUGGCAGACGGAGCAGUACGUGCCGCCUACAGCCGAGGGCGGCGUGGUGCCCCGCAACGCCUACGGCAACGUCGAGCUGUUUAAGCCGAGCAUGCUGCCCGGCGGUACCGUCCACCUGGCCGUGGACGGCCUCAGCCGGGUGGCGAAGAAGCUGGGCAUCGACUGCGCGCCGGCCAUGGUCGGUUGGGAUUACCACUGCGGCGGCUCGCAUCCCGUCUUCGAGGGCUACGUGGUGUGCGAGGAGUUCCAGGACACGCUCAUGGAGGCCUGGGAGCAGGAGCAGCGCGAGGCUCGGCGGCGGCAGCGCGAACGGCACGAGAAGCGCGUGCUCGAUAACUGGCGCCGCCUGACUCGUGGCCUGCUCAUCCGGCAGCGGCUGGCCAACAAGUACAGCUUUCAGGACGGGCCAGCGGCCAAGAAGCGGCCCGGCCCAGCCGACCAGCCGGCCGCAGCCAGCAAACGCGCCCGGCCUUUGCGGCCCGCCCAGCAGCAGCAGCAGCAGCGGCAGCCCAAUGCGGAGCCGAAGCUGGAGCCCGAGUCAGAGCCCGAGCUAGGGCUGAAGCGGGAGCCCAAGGAAGAGCCGGAUCCGGUGCUGAGGCCCAAGCCGAGACUCGCGGCGAAGCUCAAGGCCAGGCUUGAGCCCAAGGAGGAGCCGGAUAAGGAGCCCCAGCUGACUAAGGAGGAGGCGGCUCGUCGCGUGGAGGCCUCCAUCGCCGGGAUGGCGCUCGGUCGGCUGGCGCUCAGCUCCGACAGCGAGGCGGAGGAUGACACGGGCGCGGCCGCGCCGCCGCCGGCGCAGCGACAGAGCCCGCCAGCCGCCUCCGCUGCUGCCUCUACAUCUGCCUCCGCUGCUUCUGCCUCUGCCUCUGCCUCCGAUACCGCACCAGCCAAGCGGCGCCGCCGGCCAGUCGCCUCCGCCGGGAGCAAAAGGCGCCGCCGACCGUUACCCGCUGACGAGGCGAAGCCGGAGCUGACGGCGCGCGCGCCGUCGUGUCGUCGGCCGCGCCGCGCCGUCGACUACCGCGAGGCGGUCGACUCGGACAUGGAGCCGCCGCUGCGAGACGACGACCUGACCUCGGACGAGGAGCAGCCAUUCGUCACGGCCGCGGUACACGCCGACAGCUCAGACGACUUCGAAGGGUUCUGAGCGCGGGCCGGACCGCGUCGUAGCCCUGUGAACUUGGGUGAGGUCGGCACGGGCCCGUGGACGCAUUAGAUGUAUAGCGUAGUCAUGCUUUUCCGAACGAAGGUUUUUUCUCAGGAUGUUUGAUCAUCUCCGAUAGUGCGUGCUCC